AUGGUGGUGGCUUGGGCUGCGGCUAGUCUCAGGGGGGCUGUGGCUGGCCUCGAGUGGGACUGGUGGGGCGGCCGGCCGGCCAGAGAGCACCGAUGGCCAGGGGGAGGUGGAUUGGCGAACCGUAGCCACGGUUCGUGGUCCUCGCGUGAUGCGGAAGUGGAAGACGUGGAAGAGGGCGAUAGGAGAAAGAAAGCCGAGCGAAUCCUGGUCGCCUUCGAGGAGCAGCACCCGAAUGACCAUGUCCACAUUGACAUCGACACCGACGUCAAGAUCAACAACCCAAGCCUCCUUGUGGCGCACAAGGCGCUGCACGCGUUGAAGCAGGCGCUCUACUCUGGCCCAAACAACUUCACCGGCAACUGGGUCGGCCCCGACGUGUGCGCCUACAACGGCGUGUCCUGCGUCCCGUCGCCGCACAAUGAGUCGGAGAGCGCCGUCGCGUCGCUCGAUGUGAACGCCGCUGAUGUCGCGGGGUACCUGCCCAGGGAGAUCGGCCUCAUGUCUGACCUCGCCGUGCUCCACCUCAACUCCAUUCGACAUGACGGAGCUCUACGAGCUCGACGCCAGCAACAAUUGCUUCGUCGGGCCCUUCCCUGCCGCGGUGCUCGGCGUCCCCAAGCUCAGCUACCUCGACAUCCGGUUCAACGAUUUCGAUGGCCCGAUCCCGUCGGAGCUCUUCCUCAAGCCCUACGAUGCAAUCUUCCUCAACAACAACCGCUUCACCUCUGGUACCUGGAGACCAUCGGCAGGACGAAGGCGACGGUGAUCGUCCUCGCCAACAACCAGCUCGGCGGCUGCAUCCCCCGGAGCAUCGGUGAGGCCGCCGCCACGCUGGACCAGUUCAUCUUCAUCAACAACAGCCUCAUUGGUUGCCUCUCUGUCGAGACGGGGCUCCUCACCAACGUCACGGUGUUCGACGUGAGCGACAACGCUCUCACAGGCUCGAUCCCGCCGACGCUGGCCGGGUUGUCCAAGGUCGAGCAGCUGGACCUGUCGCGUAACAUGUUUACCGGGGAUGUGCCCAGUCACGUCUGCAAGCUGCCGGCGUUGGCGAACCUCUCGGUCUCAUACAACUUCUUCACGCGUGAGGCCUCCGAGUGCAGCAGCACAGCGGACGCAUCGUCCUUUCAUGACGAUGCAAAUUGCAUGGGACAAUCAAGGCCGAUGCAGAAGGGUGCAGAUGAGUGUACGCCAGUCGUGACCCAACCCGUAGACUGUACCAAGGUCCAACAAUGUGGGUGGCCAUCACCGCCGCCACCACCACCACCACCUAGAGCAUCACCGCCGCCGCCACCGAUUAUCAUCCCACCAGUACGAGGAACCAAGUACCAGUCACCGCCGCCACCGCUUUUUCCAGGCUACUAA